AUGGAUUUUGACUCGGCUGAUAUUCCCCCUAUCCCUACGCGCGCCCAUAAUCACCACGCUCAUUCUCGACGACGCUCUCUCCAAGGCCCCUCCUCUUCAAAGCGCAACUCUGGUCUUCCUCCCGCCAGCCCCGAAGUCAUCUCCAACCUAAUCACCAGCCUCAGCGUCAUCUCGAGGCCUGCGACGAACCAUUUCGAAGCAUCGCCCACGAGCCUGUCACUACCCGCGAGUCCCGGGAACGGUAGCUUUGGUGUGGACUACGGAGCGUUUCAUCAGCCUAGCAUCGAUGACCUGAGACAAGACCCCGUGUCACUCGACGAACUCGCGGCGUUACCUCCUGUCAUACGUACCUCGAAACCCCCCAGCGGCUAUUCACCUUUGACAGCAACAAAAAGCCCUAGAAGUCCGAGAAGUCCAAGCCGCGAAGGUUCCGGUGGCCUGCGAUCCUUUAUCCGAAAUAGUACAUCACGACCGUCGUCAAAAGGAUCUUCAGCUGCGUCCAAGAACGAUGAUGCCCAGAGUAUAGGGAACCUUUCGAUCGAACGUCGCGGUGCCUCGACCCCCGAACUGAACCACAAGCAAUCACACGAUAGCUGGGGUAGGAAAACAACAAGGGGUCAAAAGGGCCUUAUGUACAUGAGUUCCAAGGAGCGUCUGCGGGAGAAGGAAGCCGAGAGGAAGCGGGUUUCGGGCGGAGUCUCGGCUUCAUCUUCUGGUGCUCUUCCUGGCGAAAGUGUUCACAGCGGUGGGCGUAGUGAUCCAUUCUUUGCUGAGACUGCGAUCCGUGAAGAGUCACAUUACGAGCUACCAAUUGAACGCCCGAUGGAUGCACCUUGUGCUAUCCCCGCGCGGAAUUCGAGUCUUGCAAAGACGGGUCCGCAGAAGAGAUCGAGCGCGAGGAGGUCAAGACGGGAGGACGGUACGACGAAUGAUGUGAUUCCAGAAGGCGAGGAGCACAGAACUCGAGAUCGGGAGUCAAGUCGAAGGAACCAGAGUCAUUCUGGCCAUGUUCAGUCCAGAUCAUCCACACGAUCACCAGUUUAUGGCCUCAAGGACGCAUCUCCGUCAAAGAGCACCAGCGUGGCGGGCAGAAGUUUCCUCGAUGUUAAUGACGGCUUCAGCGACGAAGAAGAUGAGGGCGCGCCAUUUCCUGCUGUGGCUCAAGGUCGAAAGCGGGAUCAGAGCAAUGACCGCAAUGAUCGGAGACGAUCCGGACGACAGAGCCCAGCACCAAAUGAGGCCAUCAAAAUUAAGCGCAGUAGUUCCCGCCUGAAGCGUUUGUCUGCACCACUGAAUCACAAAGUCGACGAACGAGCCCGCGAUUCACCCAGUCCCCAACUAGUGCAGAGCCAUGCACCUGCUGGUUACGAGCGUCCUCAAUCCGCCGACUCUGUCGACGAUGCUGUCGAGUCUUAUUUAUGUUCACCACGUUUAUCGCAGAAGAUUCGACAUCCUCAAACGGGCCGCGUCAUAUCCUUCUCAGAAGUCGGUGACUCUGAAGGUUCUGCAGUCUUUUGCUGCGUUGGGAUGGGAUUGACGAGAUACAUCACCGCCUUUUAUGAUGAGCUGGCACUGACGUUGAAGCUGCGGCUUAUUACCCCGGAUCGACCGGGUGUUGGCGACAGCGAGCCUUAUUCUGAUGGCACUGCUACGCCGCUGAGUUGGCCAGGUAAAUUAUGUUCUUCAAUUGAGAAUUACGCGCUAACUGUUGCAGAUGAUGUUUAUGCUAUUUGCCAGACCCUCAAGAUCACCAAGUUCUCUAUUCUCGCUCACUCCGCCGGCGCCAUUUAUGCACUUGCUACAGCCCUUCGAAUGCCUCAGCAUAUCCGCGGUCGAAUACACCUCCUUGCGCCCUGGAUCCCUCCAUCCCAAAUGAACGUCUUCGGUACCUCACAAACUCUCCCUCCAACCAACGCUAUCCCUACUUCUCAACGAAUUCUCAGAGCCUUGCCGACGCCCAUACUGAAAGCUGCAAACAGUAGCUUCAUGACCGCGACGAGCAGUUCAAUCACUAGUUCAUUACCCAAAACACCACGGCGAGGAAAGCGCAAGAAUAAUGGCGGGCGAGACAGCACAGCUAGUUCGCGUAACGUUACGCCGAGCUUGGAUAAAGAGAACGUGUAUAACAAAUCACCGGGUCACGGCGACACGGAAUUGGAACCUCCCAAUGCUUCCGAGAACAUGGACAGAAUGAGCAUUCCACAAGGCACAAGAGGCGACUCGGACAUCAUCGCAGCCGCAGCGGACGCCAUGGCAGAUAAGGAACGCCAAAUGACCUACGAUCUCCGAUUAACCCACGCCAUCUGGGAACUCGCCACAACAGGCGCAAACCCAGCCGUCGACCUCCUCGUCUGCCUCGAGCGCCGUCACACAAUCGGCUUCCGCUACGUCGACAUCACGAGACCCGUCGUCAUCCACCACGGCAGCAGAGAUACCCGCGUCCCCGUCGAUAAUGUAAAAUGGCUCGGCAAGACGAUGCGACGCUGUGAAGUUCGUGUUCUCGAGGGUGAAGGCCACGGCCUGAUGGCUAGCGCGAGUGUUAUGGGCUCUGUGCUCAUGGAGAUGAGUAAAGAGUGGGAGGAUUGGAUGAAGGUCACCGGUGCAGAUGGGAGGAAAGAUCGCGAGAGGGGACGACGAGGGACGCUCGUGCGAUAA